UCCAUUUGAACGGGAUCUCGCGAUAUUUCCACGGCUGACAGACGGCCGUUCGCCCAUUGCCAACAUGACGGUCGUCACCACAAUAAUAACAACGAUAUGAAAAAGGAGCGGUUUGGCUCGGGUGGUGUUUGAUGGUGUCUUUGGCUACCUUGUUGUCUUGUCGGGUGGAUAAUGACGGACGCCCGCAGUGGUUGAUAUUAUUUGUGUAACAGGAGGAGCGGCAGGAUGUCACGUCCCACUAACCUGGUGUGGGAUGUGAGGAAACGCUCACUGGGGCUGGAGGAUCCUCGCUUAAUUCGCUUGUCCUAUUUAGGAAGAAGAGAAUUCAUCCAAAGAUUAAAACUUGAAGCUAAAUUGAGUGUGCAUGAUGGUUGUGUAAACACAAUUUGCUGGAAUGAUACAGGAGAGUAUAUUUUAUCAGGAUCCGAUGACACCAACCUAGUGAUAACCAAUCCAUAUAGUAGAAAGAUUCUAUCAACCAUUCGCUCAGGCCAUCGUGCAAACAUUUUUAGUGCAAAAUUUCUUCCACACACCAAUGACAAGCAGAUUAUUUCCUGCUCGGGAGAUGGUGUCAUAUUUUAUACAGACACAGAGCGAGAUGCAGAAUCAAAUCGGCAGAGCCAGUUUAACUGCCACUAUGGAACAGCUUAUGAGAUCAUGACAGUACCAAAUGAUCCUUACACCUUUCUAUCAUGUGGUGAAGAUGGUACAGUAAGGUGGUUUGAUAUUAGAAUGAAGACAAAUUGUACAAAAGAAGAUUGCAAAGAUGACAUUUUAAUAAACUGUCGGCGUGCUGCUACUUCAAUUGCUAUCUGCCCUUUGAUGCCAUUCUACUUGUCUGUUGGGUGCUCAGAUAGCUCUGUGAGAAUAUACGAUCGAAGAAUGCUUGGCACAAGAGCGACAGGUAGUUAUAAUACUCGAUCAACUACUGGAAUGUGCGCAAGAUUUUUACCACCACAUCUUACCAAUAAAUCUUGUCGAGUUACAUCUCUCUGUUACAGUAAUGAUGGACAAGAAAUUCUUGUUAGUUAUUCAUCAGACUACAUUUAUCUUUUUGACCCAAAUGAUGAUCAGGGCCGAGAACUUAAACUCCCUUCAGCAGACGAGAGAAGAGAACCAGAGAUCCGACAGCCACCUGUCAAACGUCUGAGACUGCGAGGGGAUUGGUCUGAUACCGGGCCAAGGGCUAGACCAGAGAGUGAGCGAGAACGAGAUGGUGAACAAAGUCCUAAUGUAUCACUAAUGCAGCGCAUGUCAGACAUGUUGUCCAGAUGGUUUGAAGAAGCCAGUGAAAACGCACAAGGAAACUUGAGAGGAAGGGGAAGAUCACGAUCCCGAGGGAACACUGGUAGAUCAGAAGCAUUAGAUUCAACUAUACCAGCUGCCCAAGAGGAAACUGGAGACAGUACAAUGGAGGUUGAUCUUCCAGCUGAUCCGCUGCCUCAGUCUUCAGCUUCCUCCACUGUUUCGGCUCAAGCUCCAUCAACAUCCUCUUCAACUGCAGGCUCCUCUUCCACUUCUGUCCUCUCUUCACCUGAUGGUGAACACAAGCAUGCCCCUCCGUCAAAUGACAAUCCUCCACAAUCAGAAUUAAGAGCUCAGUCCAGUCGACCAUCUGGGGUAAGUUUAGUCAGUAAACGUCUACAGCAGCUGAGACUUUUGAAGGCAGAACAACAGAAACAGCAAGAUCUGGCAAAGAAGUCUUCAUCACAGCCUGCCUCUGACCAUUUCACCCAUGAAGGCUCCUCACUGCAUCCUAAUAUUUCAGAUUCCCCUUCUUCUGUGGUAAACAAACAGCUUGGAUCCAUGUCACUUGAUGAGCAACAGGGUAGUGGUAAUGAUAAUUCCAACAUUAAAAUGGUGGGUGCUGAACCAGUUCUUAGUUUGCAUUAUAGCACAGAGGGAACCACUACUAGCACAAUCAAGCUGGACUUUACUGAUGAAUGGAACAGUUCAGCUUCAACUUCAAUGGGAACUGGAAUUCAAAGCAAGCAAAGUAAUCGAGAAGAAUCACAAAUGCAAAGCCCUGGAGUGCCUUCCGAAGAGAUAACUAAUUCAAAUGUUUCGGCAACUGAGUUACCUGAACAAACAGGUAAACGAGUAUGCAAGGUAAGACAUGUAGAGAUGGAUGAAAUCAAAAGAGAAGAAAGCUCACUGAGAGAGAGCAAGGACAAGUCGACAGAUUCUAGCUGUCCGUCCGCCUCAUCAGGUUUGGAUAGGGGAAGCUUGCAACAGCAAGAAGAAACACCUUGCCAAAGUACGGAAAGUAAUGAGAACUGCAACAGAGUUACUGAAUCCUCGCAGCAAUCUGAACCAGUAAAAUUGAGUAAUCAGGCCGAGUCUACUAGAAUAUCUGCCAGUCGGGAAACUGAUGACAGUGAUGAUGAUCGUAUCUUAGUUCCAUCUUCAAGGUUUAGAUCCGCUCCAGGACAUAGAUUUACUUUCAGAGGAAUGGCAGUGGGUGAUAGAAUGAGACGUACUGCAGCUGCUCGUAUUCAAGAAUUAUUCAGAAGGAGAAAAGAAAAGAAGGAAAUGGAGGAACUCGAGACUCAGAACAUAAGAAAACCUACCUUAAAAAUGGUAUACAAAGGCCACCGUAACUCAAGGACAAUGAUCAAAGAAGCCAACUUCUGGGGUAGUUAUUAUGUAAUUAGUGGCUCAGACUGUGGCCACAUAUUCAUCUGGGAUCGGCAAACAGCUGAAUUACUGAUGCUAUUGGAAGCUGACAACCAUGUGGUGAACUGUCUACAGCCUCAUCCUUUUGAUCCAAUUUUGGCAUCUUCUGGUAUUGAUUAUGAUGUCAAGAUCUGGACACCAUUAGAAGGAAUACCAACUUUUGACAGAAAACUUGCAGAAGAGGUGAUAAGUCGCAAUGAAUUGAUGUUAGAGGAGACUAGGAAUACCAUCACAGUUCCAGCAUCAUUCAUGUUAAGAAUGCUGGCUUCACUCAAUCACAUCAGAACAGAUCGAUUGGAAGGUGACCGGUCCGAAGGCUCUGGUCAAGAGAAUGAAGAUGAUGAAUAAUUAUUUGUCUGCUUCAAGAACAAAAAGCAUCAAGAAAUUUAUAUAACAAAAAAGUCCAGUAUAUUUUCCCUACAAAGCCUUAGUGUUAUUUUAGUUCUUUUUUUUCUGGAAAAAUACUUUAAUAUGAAAAUUUCUUGGUGCAAAAUGUGUGCAUGAAUUAGGAUGAGGAAGGUGGGAAAGAAUAAGCAAGUUGCUUUUAAUUAUUAUGUUUUAUGGAUGAGAUGCUUGGAGGUUUCAAGUGCAAUAUAUUCUCUAGUGUGCAAACGUAUGUGCUUGGAUCAGUGUUAUGAGCAUAGGGAUUUACCAAACACUAGAAAAGGAGGGUCAAGAUGAAACCUUUCUAAAAUCUGCUGUUAUGCAUGUACACUGAGGGGAAAAAUUCAUUAAAACUUUUGGUUGUUUGAAAAUAAA